GCCGCUUUUUACUCGGGCGUGAGCGACUCCCCUUCCGCGCUGGGCGGCGGUGGCGGCGGCGGUGCCAGCAGCGGCCUUAUUCCCCUCCCCCAUUCCCCUCCAGUUGGACCCCAGCGGUGCAGUGCCCUGAGCCUGGGCCCUCUCCGCGAUGCCCCCCAAGAAACAGGCUCCGGCUGGGGGCAACAAAAAGGCGGAGCAGAAAAAGAAGGAGAAAAUCAUUGAGGACAAAACUUUUGGUUUGAAGAAUAAGAAAGGGGCAAAGCAACAGAAGUUCAUCAAGGCUGUGACUCAUCAAGUUAAAUUUGGUCAACAAAAUCCACGACAGGCUGCACAAAAUGAAGGUGAUAAAAAAUUGAAGAAAGAUGACAAGAAGAAGGAACUUCAGGAGCUAAAUGAACUAUUCAAACCAGUAGUUGCUGCUCAGAAAAUAAGUAAAGGUGCAGAUCCCAAAUCCGUAGUAUGUGCAUUCUUCAAGCAAGGGCAAUGUACUAAAGGAGAUAAAUGUAAGUUCUCCCAUGAUUUAUCUCUGGAAAGAAAAUGUGAAAAACGAAGUGUUUAUAUAGAUGCAAGAGAUGAAGAACUUGAAAAGGAUACGAUGGAUAAUUGGGAUGAGAAAAAGCUGGAAGAAGUGGUGAACAAGAAGCAUGGUGAGGCGGAAAAGAAAAAACCAAAAACUCAAAUAGUGUGCAAACAUUUUCUUGAUGCUAUUGAAAACAACAAAUAUGGCUGGUUUUGGGUUUGCCCUGGAGGUGGUGAUAAUUGUAUGUACCGUCAUGCUCUUCCUCCUGGUUUUGUAUUAAAAAAAGACAAAAAGAAAGAAGAAAAAGAAGAUGAAAUUUCAUUAGAAGAUCUAAUAGAAAGAGAGCGUUCUGCUUUAGGACCAAAUGUUACCAAAAUCACUUUAGAGUCUUUUCUUGCAUGGAAGAAAAGGAAAAGACAAGAAAAAAUCGAUAAGCUUGAGCAGGAUAUGGAAAGAAGAAAAGCAGACUUUAAGGCAGGAAAAGCACUAGUGAUCAGUGGCCGUGAAGUAUUUGAAUUUCGUCCUGAGCUGGUUGAUGAUGAUGAUGAAGAAGCAGAUGAUACCCGAUAUACUCAAGGGACAGGUGGUGACGAGGUUGAAGAUCUAGUAAGAAUAAAUGAUAUCGAUUUGAGCCAGUAUAUCCCAAAGGACGUGGAUGAGACUGGAAUUACUGUAGCUAGUCUUGAAAGAUUCAGUACAUAUACUUCAAUAGAGAAAGAUGAUAAUAAAUUGAGUGAAGCUUCAGGAGGUGGGGCAGAAAAUGGAGAACAAAGUGAUUUGGAAGAAAAUAAUGAAGAACAAGAGGAAAAUGGAGUUAUUGGUGCUGUUCCUGUUGAUGAAAACCUUUUUACAGGAGAGGAUUUGGAUGAAUUAGAAGAAGAACUAAACACACUUGAUUUAGAGGAAUGACAACAAGCAAGUCAGAUGAAAAAAAUUGUCAACUCAACAUAAAUUGAAAUUGACUACAUUAAUUUUUUUUCUCCUGUAUAGAAUUCUUAAACAGGAUGUUUAUGGUUUCUUACACUGGUUUUGGGAGGGAACCCUUUCCUCCAACCAAAAAAAGGAAUAUUCACCCUUAUCACCUCUAUUCUGACCUUCACUACACCUCAUAGUAAGUUCAGAAUAGGUCAUAAAUAAUCAGAAAUAUAAUGGUCAUUGCAGAAAAGAUUUUGUAAAUAAUUGAAGUAGGAAGUAUAACUGCUUUUUUCCAACUUGUGAGUUUCAUUGGGCAUGUGUUAUUACCAAGUACAACAUACAUAUUGAAAAUAUCCCUCAUUUAAGAUGCAUCUUUUUAAUGAGUGAUUUGAUUUCCUUUGUAUUUAUAUAUUAAAAAAAAAAAAGACUGCCUAAAAUAAGAGCACUGUACUUCAUAGAUUACUUAUGCAGAUUCAGUGUUGGGUUUCUUUGGAUAAUUAAUCAGAUGGACAUUAAAGAUGCAGGUUCUUUAAACUGACAGCAUCGUCUGGAAUGCCCUCUGUAAACCGUUUUAAAUUUUCCCUUUGCCUUUUUUGCCAACAAAGUUGUAAAUAAAGACCAUCAAACAUUUAAAUCACAACAUGGGCUUUUUAUUUUUUAUGAUUUUAUAAUUUUUUAUAUAUUUCAUAAAGUAUGUUGGCCACCCUGUAUUUGUAUGAAGAUUUUUGUUUCGUUUCCAUUUUGGAAACGAAAUUUCUUCUAAAUAGAUUGUCAGUAAUUAGUAGUUCACCUCAACAAACAUGGACCCUCAGGACUAUUCUGUUUAUCUGUUAUGCAGGUUUAAACAUGUGUCUGUUCUACUAAAUAAUCCAUUAACAUUAGUAACAAUAGCCUCCAAGGUAUCCUUAUUCCCUAACCUCAAGUGAAAGUGAUACUAUAUACAAGUGAUCUCUUAAACUGUUUAAAAACUUUAAACUUCAAUUCUCAUUACUACCAGUUUAUGUCUUAGUUAAGUCUUAUAGUAGUACACAAUCAGAAAACUUAAGGUUAUUUGCUAAGUAAUGUUGAAGCUCACGAUAAUUCAUUUUGGUAAUCUGUUCUCACCUUUGGCUUCAAAAAUUAGCAUGUCAAAAAUAAAGCCACUAAUUUUUUUCUUUUAAAAGAGACCGUGGGGACAGCUAGGUGGCACAGUGAUUAAAGUACCAGGCCUGAAUUCAGGAGGACCUGAGUUCAAAGCCAACCUCAGACACUUGACACUUACUAGCUAUGUGACCCUGGGCAAGUCACUUAACCUUCAUUGCCCCACAAAAAAAGUAGACUAUGACCUUUGACACUCCAAAGGUACAUGAUCUAAUUAUGCCUGACAGAUACCUAAACCAUAAAACUUAUAACUAGAUACCUAAUUAACAAAUGAAAUAAUAAAAAAGCUGGUUAUAUCCACAAUGUCAUAAGAGAAUUUGGGGCUGGGGCAAAAUGAUGAUAGCUGUCUUCUUUUAAAAAGGUGGUGGUAGUUAGGAAGCAGCUUAGUUCCUUGAAAACACCCUGGGAAUUAGCCUGGUGGUCAGAACAGGAGCUCGGGAGUCCUAGAGCAUCAUCUCUAGAAGGUUUUAAUCUCAUGGAACUAAAGCCAGACUCUUGGGCAAGAGGGAAAUGUAAAACCAUCAUUGGUGUUUCUCAGUGAGUGGUUUUAAUAAACAUAAACAUGGUGAUACAGACAGCCUUAUUACAGCAUGUUUAUCCAAAUAAUAUUUACCUAUUUCUAACUUAAGUCUCAUAAAUUUUAAAUGUUCAGAAGUGAGACAAUACUUAAGAUGUAGCUAACUAGCUGUAUCAAAUUAUUAUUAAUGAUUUGGAGUGAGUGUAGUAUAGUGAGGAUAGCACUGGCCCUAUAAUCAGAGAGGAUGUAGGUUCAAAUCCUACUUUUGACACGUACCUGUGUGACCAUGAUCAAGUCACUUAGUUUCCCAGGUGCUCAUUUUUCUCAUCUGUGAAAGAGUUGGGAUUGCACGGCCUCUGAAGACCCUUCCCCUCUAAAUCUGUGAUCCUGUGAAUUAUAGCAUCUAGGUUAUAAUGUCUGCUUUGACACUAAUUAGCCAUGCAAUCUUAAGCAGAUCGCUUCAUUUUCCAAGUUUGUUUUCUUUUAAACAUAGGGGAUGCACUAGAUUAAUCUCUAAGGUCCUUUGCACCACUGAAAGAUUCCUAGUUGGUAAAGAUGUUCAUCACCCAAAAGUUGCUUCUAGCUAAAAAAGUGCUGUAAUUGGAAUUUGUCAAACCUUGUGACAGCAUGAACCACGCUUAUAAGGACUGAAUUUAUUUAUUCACACCAUAAUGAAAAAGCAUACUUAACUAAAAUUCUUUAUGUGGUAAAGCAGUUUCUAAGAUUUAUGUGUAGAAGUUAUGCCUUAACUUUUCCUCAUCCCGGACCCUGAUAACUUUUUGAAAAUGUUUAUUACCAACUCAUUAUUAAAUAACAUUGAAUUGUUAACAAUUUUCAAAACUAUUUAAGAACCUGAUCAUUGGGGGUGAGGCGAGGUAAGUGAUAUAUUCUCCCUCCUUUGUCCUCAUUUUGUAAAUUGAGUAAAGAUCUUUCACAUAAAUCAAAAGAAAUGAAAGAUUAUACUGACUUUGCUGCAUUAAUAUAGUCCAUUAUAAAUACCAAAAUAAGGUGACAGAAAUUGAUUUAGCUCUCUGGUCAAAGAAAAAGAUUGUUAGUGCCUUAAAAACCAGUGUCUGAUUUUUGAAACCACCAGAUAUUUAGCUACUAAGAAGUUAUAAUACUAAGAAUUUAUUUGGUAUUUUGGAAAAACACCUCUGAAAUACCCAAGUGAAAUAAAGGAGAAAUGUCAGUAUUAAAAGUUUAUCCAUGUGUAGCUGACCAUAAGUUCCCUGCAGCAAAUUAAUUUAUUCUAUCCAUGUUGCUUCCAUCUACAGGAGUCAUGUACAUGGGAAAUGCAAAGUCACUUUAUUCAGGCAGCUAUCAGCACAGUGGAUAGAACACUGGGUCUCGAAUUAAACCCAAGUUGGAGUUUUCUCUCAGACAUUUAUCUAACUCUAUGACCCUUGGCAAGUCUGUUUGCCUCACUUUCCUCAACUGUAAAAUAGGGAUGAUGAAGUACUAUUUCACAGGGUUUUGAGCAUCAAAUGAAAUAGGAUUUGUAAAAAAUGCUUAGCACCAUGCCUGGUGCAUAGUUGGCACUGUAAUGAAUGUGUAUUCUUUUCCAUUCCCUUUCCCAUUCUACUAUUAGCCAGAAGAAAAAUGAAAGGGUCCUGAAAUGUUGCAGUGAUACAUGUUAAAACCAGAGAGAAAUUGCUUGGAUUAUCCACACCACCAUCACCUUCCAUUUGUUCAGACAAUUGUGAAUUAAUGGUCUUUUUCAAAACUUUGAUGGAUCACCUUAAAAGCUAAGUCGUUUUUUCUUGCUCCCAAGCUGUGUGAUUUAAUUCUGCACAUUCUAUUUUGCACACUUGACAAAGGAGAGAAUGCCUUUGAUCUGAAUUCAGUCAUAUGAACUUGGUUUCUCUCAAAAAAAAACUUUGUGAUUUAGACAUGUAAACAACUCACAGUCUCUAUCCUUAGACUUUUUACUGUAAUAUAAUACUAGAACUAUAUAGAACAUGGAUGCUUUUUUGGCAUUUGGCUUCUUGUAUUUGUGUGAGAUGCAGUCAUUUUUCCAAAAGUUUGAAAACACUUAUGGACUAUUACGUCGGUGUUAUCUGUAUUUGGCUUUUGUUUGUUGUAAAGUCACUGUUCUCUAUAACAGAUUUUGCGGGUUAUUUUUGGUUUUGUUGUUUCUUGUUCAACUACUUGUAAAAAUAAGUGUUUCAAAAUAGUUAUAUUAUGGGUUUUAUUCUACUUUUGCUGAUGUAGUUAAUUCGCCACUAUCAGAAAGCAAGGAAUGGCUGGUUCACCAUUAAUGUGUAUGCAUAAUUGUUUCAACUUAAUUUUUUGGUCAUUGGAUUUAUAGACCUAAGUUUAUUCUUUCUAUUGUUAAUGAUUCAGAGCAGGGGUGUCAAACUCAUAGAAAUGGGGUGCACUAUCUGUACCGAAAAAUCCUUAUAAGUCGCAUAUUGCCUUAGUUUAAAAUGUAUUGUUAUCUAUUUUUAUUGUAUUUACAUUGUUAAAUAUUUCUCAAUUACAUUUUAAAUCUGAUUGAUCCCACACUGUGCCAUAUGUUUGACACUUCUCAUUUUUAGAGUAUGGUGCUAAUAAGUUGAAUGAAAUUUAAGAAUUUAUAGCUGGAAGCAACUUCAGAAAGCAUAGGUUAAGUGGCUUGUCCAAACUCAUGUGGCUAGUUAGUGACAAAACUUAAUGGGUUUGGUUAUCAUUCAGGCCAAUUAAUUUCUCACAGAAAAAUAGCUCAUAGUCACAGACUGUCCAAUGUGUAAUCCAUAAUUUAAGGCAGGACCUUAGCUUAAAUUUUUAUUUUCUUUUUUCCCAUCUUUUACUCAGUUCAACAUUUUGUACCUAUAAACCUCUCAAUAAAUGUGUGAUGGUGGAUGAAGUAUAGUUAGCUCAGUACACACAUGCUAAGAGGUAUAUUUUGGAAUCUUUUUUCAGUGAUAGAAUAGUGUCUUUCUUAAUAAAUAUUUGACUGUUGACUACCCUUCUUAAUAUGCUCUUCUCCCAUAGCUUCCCAUUACUCUUUCUGGUUCUCUUUCUUUCAUGGUUUUUUGUUUGUUAGGGGUUUUUUGCAGGUUCCUUGUCUUAAUCUGGCCCUACUCUCUAUAGUCAUCUCUCUAUGCUUUCUCUUGAUCUCAUCCAUGCCCAGCACUUCAAAUGAUCAUCAUCUAUCAUGUGAUUGCCAAAUAUCUGCCCUCAGCUCCAGUUUCAUUUUUUCACUUGGAUGAGUCUACCUUAAAGACUUGGUCCAAAGCUAAUUAAUUCAUCUGUUUCUUCUCCAAACCUGCCUCUCCCCUGGCUUCUCAAUAUCUUUCAAUAUCACCACCAUCUUCUACAUUAUCCAGAUUCUCAACCCCAGAAUCAUCUUUGAGUUAACUUCCCCUUCACCCACAUAUCUAGUCAGUUGCCAAGUCUUUUCAAUCUUAUUUAAAAUUUCCUAUUCUGUCAACCUUUUACUCAAAAACUUUCCUUAUUUUCCCAUUGCUUGCAAAAUAAUGCAUAUACUCCUGAUUCCAGCAUCCAAAGAUUUUCACAGUCUGAAUCCAAUCUAUAUUUCUAGUACUUCUCAUUACUCCCAUUCAUGUACAUGGAUCUAUUCUUUCCCUAUAACUCUCUUCCUCCAGCAGUCAAAGCUGAAAGAGAGUUACAUAUUUCUCCACAAAUUUCUCAGUAUUUUUCUUGAACCUCUCCUUUAUUUCUUUUUUUUUUCCUUUAUUUCUCUAAUCAUUUUUUAUCAUGGUUUGUGUUUGUUGUGUUCUCAUUGUCCCCUUUCCCUUUUAGAUUGAUUGUAAGGCCUGUAUCAUAUCUUCAUAGAUCCAAAUACUUAUUUAAUCCAAUUCAGUUGAAUUGAAAAAAAAAUACAAGAAAGUGAUAGGUUUCAAGGCAGAAAUUAUUAAUCAGGUUGUUGAUGCUUUAUAAAAUGAACCAUUAUUUUUAAUUUAAAAGUCAACUUUUCCUUUUAUAAUUUUUAAUGCACCAUCCUUCAUAUAUUUUUUUUAAAAAAACUAAUGGCCUACUAGCAGACCUUGCAAGUUAUAUAAUUUGUCCAGUAGUAAUGAUUAAUUUCUCUGUGAAGUUAACUAUCCCUCAUUUGGAUUGAGUUUGCCACUUUGGUCUUAGCCUUGUCCUAUAACUACUUGACUCUGAAUGACAGUUUUAGUUAAUGAAUACUGUGCUCCUCCAAGUGGGAGCUAUAUAUUUUAUCCAAAUCUAGCUUAUAUAAAAUUUGAAUACAUUCUACACUUGUUUUGCUUCUUUUUCAGUAUUUUCAAAGAUAUUUUUCAUUUCCAAGCUCUCUGUCAAAAGAGUCAUUACUACCAUUGGCCAAUUAAUUAACCUUUAGAACAUUCCAGUUUUGAUAUUCACUUUGCUAGCUAUACACAUAUCAUUUCCACUCAAUAUAUCAACUGUGUUUUCUUUCCAUCUGUGUACGCCCUCAGCAGCACAAAACUAAACUAGCAUUCUAGUCACAACUAUUAAUUCCUCAUUUUGUGUUGGAGCAGUACAAUGAAAUUUAAGUAAUUCCAUUAUAGUUGGUGUAUGAUUUGGAUAGUAGUUCUUUACCUUAAUGAUCCUUAUUCUCUACAUUUUGAUAAUGUAUAUGUAUGUGCCAUAUUCUAAAGAAACUUGUGAAAUUCCAGGUAUGUGAGUAGCUUAAAACUUUUAGUAAUGUUACCUGCGUUUACUAUACCUUAAGUUGUCAGAAUAAUACAAUUUGUAAAGAUUUCCAGUAACCUGGGUAGAAGGUUAUUUUCAGGUUGUGAAUGAUUGUAAAUGCAUAUUUUGUUAAUAAAAUAUUUUUUCAUAGAUAA